CGACAACGAUUAUCGAGUGAGUGAGGCGCUGAAAAAGUUUGGUCAAGGGGUUUUUACCGCAAAAUAAUGUCAUCAACAACUUAAAGGCUGUGCGUCACCAUCAUCAAAAGUGAGAGCCCGUUGCCACUAGAAACGGAGCCACUCCAGUUGCCCGUGACAACAGCACGAUUUUAACCUCAAAACGUGGUCUUCAAACUUCCGUCCCGCCUCACUCAGCUAAAAAUCUUAGUAACAGGCAUUAUGCAGUUGAUGAGUUGUUCUAGAACUGUUUCUGGAGGAGAUAGUUCCUUUAAAAUCUGAUUACAAUUUUUGAAUUUGUAUCAAGUCGGGCAAGCAUGAUACGAUUGUAUUUUCAAGACUCAUACGAUUGUAUUUUCAAGAGAAUACGUGGUUCUGGUGAACUCUUUUAAGGGAAAGUUCCAGAUGUACGUGUAUCCUUUAUCAUUUACUAUUGAUUUUUAUCAGUCUUAAUAAGAAGCGCCGACUCGACUAAAAAAUUUCGUAAACAGUUAAGAUAAGAUAAGUUAAUUUUGGACUAAUGCUAUCUUUUUUUACUAAAUUUUAAUCAUGCUUUCCAUUUUGUGGCGUUUUGCACCUGUUCAUAUAACAAAGCCCAAGGGUGUUAUCCACUUGAUAGAAUCCAAUUUCCUCGUAGAUAAGGGUACAUUAUUCCAGAGUCUUGAAGCUUAUACUGCAAAUGUGCGUCCACCCUCGGUUUCUCUUUUAUAUUUAGGGCAACUAGCGUUGUAAUUAGCGUACCGUGUAUUCCGUGAAUGACGUUUGUGAUUAAUUACUAGGUGAUCAUCUAGGUAGCUUGGUAGAGACCCAUGUAUACGUUUAUACAUAAUAGAGCAUUUGUCUAUGUUGCAUAAAAAAGAAUCCAGUGUAGCUUUUUAAAUAGUGCUACCGAUGAUGAUUGGCGGUCUGCGUACAAUAUAACUCGCGCUGCGCGCUUUUGUAAACAUUCGGCAUCUAUGCAAGGAUUUCAGAAUAAUGAUCAACUGGAAGGAACUGAAGAUCAUGGAUCCAUUUUAUUGAUAAAGCACACACGAUUCUUCUAAAACUACUAGGAACUACAUGCUAUUUUCUAUCAAAUAUGAAUAAUGAAUUAAGUCGGUUUUAAAUUAGCAAGUUACGGAUUUAGAAUUGAUAUAUAUGACGCGUAAAGGCGAAGCAACAGGAUUAAAGUUCAACAAUAGUAUUGUCAGCUUAAAUGUAUAUGAGUAAUUCGCCUUUUGAACCAUACCCGUUGGAAAGGGGUCAGCGACUGUACAUGUAUUCCAGUUACACGAAUUUGGAAUGAUAGAGGCUUUUCUGGUCUUAGACGGGUCCAAAAGUUAUUUUCUCCGGCGUUUAGAUGGCAGUGAUCUUCGACUCUUUCAAACGCGAUGUCAAAUUAAACUCAGUUGAACUAACGCAAAUUUUCAAUUCAUUGUUGGUAAUAACUACGCACUAAAAGCUCACAAACGUCUUUUCUGAAGGAAUACGUCGACCAAUCGCAAAGGUCGCUACACUCGGAAUACCGUAGGAGUUUAAUCAAAGCCAGUAAGCAUUCUCUUGUAAAUUUUUAACGCUUCAGCUGUUUACAUAACUAGCCCUCGUCUCCACGCAAGUAAGAUAAUAGAAGUAUGCUCUAGAAGCUUUUUGCACGCGUUAAUAGACAUCAUUUAGCGUGGAGCAAUAUCCGGAGUCGGAAACCGCGCGUAACGCUGGGAUGCGCAAACCAGUGCAUUUUAGUCUCCAGAGUAAUUUCAUUUGAGUGUCGAAGCAAAUCGAUGUAGUUUGCGUUCGUUUUACUUUCUAAGUUCUGUAGGUACAAUUAAAAAAAUCGCGCCAUUCUCUAAACCAUUCAGAACUCGCGUUUCUUAUUCUUCAUAAUAUCGGUCACGUGUUCUAGCUCUGAGUUUUUAUUGGUUCUUCGUAAUGUUUUAAAAACUCUCUUCUGAACCACUGGUUUGAAAAAUUAGUUUCGGUUUUGCCUUAUUGCCGAGCCACUAAACGCACUACAUUACGUUACAUUCGCAUCACAUCGCAUGCAAACGAAAAUUACCUCUUUGUUCUUGUUCAGAGUUUACUGACGGCUUUCAGUGACAAUAGAGUUGCGCUUGCCCUAGAAACUACUUUAAGUUCUCUUGAAAAUUGUCCAACGGGAGCAAAUUGAAACAAAAAUGAAGGGCUAAAUCGAUUAACUCGUGAAGAGACUUAUAGUUUGCAACGGCGAAAAGGACAAACAUUUUGCAUAAGUUUCUCACAUCCGCCAAAUCUUAUUCCAUUUGUUUGUAUCAACUCCUUAGGUUUCUGAAGUAAUGGGAGCAUCUUUCUCAAUUAUUAUCGGAUGGUAUGUGUACAUGGUGCAUUUGGAUCAUCUUAUUUUCAAUAAGACUGCUUCCGCAUAGAAAAUGGGUCUAUGUCAUGUUUUAAGUUUUUCUGUAUACACAGGUGAUACAUGAUAGAAAAAGAUAUGCAAAAAGAGGGGAUGAGGUUUGAAGAGUGAAACAAUAGGAUGCCAUACAAAGCAUCUUGAAUGAGCAUCUGUCUUUUGUUGAGCAAAUAUCUUCUUUUCAGUUCACUCUUUUUUAAAUAAACUUAUGUCGUGUUUGGAAUCACUAGAGCCAUAGAUGUUACCAAGAGGACACGUACCGUCCAACUAUUUCUGUAUGCAAUCCCAACCUACUCCUGUUUCCUUUUUUAUCAACAUUCGUUUGUCAUUUACUAUUUAUCUUGUUUGAUACCAGCAAUCAUAGAAUUUUCGCCGAAUGUAACCAUGAACUUGUCGGAUGAUGCAGUGAGAACGAUUUGCUUCAACUUGAACGCAGCUGACUUCAAAAUUGGCGACUUCUUCCACUGGUAUAUCGCAAAUUGUGUGGCGGGAACUCUCUUGGCAAUCGCUUCCACCUUGGAGAACUUUUGCAUCUUACUUACUGUUUGGAAAACGCCUAUUUUAAGUACGCCUUCAUACGUUAUACUUUUUAGCCUUGCGCUUUCAGACCUUGGGGUCGGCUUGUUAAGCCAGCCGCUGGCUGUCAUCUACACUGUGGCCAAAAUACAAGGACUUAUCCGCAUGGCUUGUGUAGCUGGAGCUGCUGUUGCUUCCUUGUCCAUUUAUCUAUGCGGUGUUUCGUUGUUAUGUGUCACUGCAGUGUCUAUUGAUCGAUACUUAUCGCUAUAUCUUCACCUUAGAUAUAAACAGCUAGUGACAAACAUCCGUGUCACUGUUCUUCUCGUCCUUGUGUGGCUGUUCGCUGCAUUUUCUCUUCUUACAUGGCCGUGGUAUCCUUUUGUUAUAACCCCCAUUGCGAUAGUUGUCGGUUCACUCUGUAUUCUAAUCACAUCAGGCUGCUUUUUUCGUAUAUAUCUUGUCUUGCGGUAUCACAAUACGAAAAUGCGUCACAACAUCCGAUCUUCCGCUGAACAGACCACACAAAACACGCACGAUUCUGCGGCACACUUUAAGAGGUCAGUUACAGGAAUGUUCUUGGUUUAUAUCAUCCUUCUCUUCUGUUAUCUACCAUACCUUUGCAUAGCCAGUGUGAUUGCAGUGCGAGGCACAGACGCAACCAAGCGGCUUAUAUUUGAACUAGCAAAAACCCUAGUUUACGCCAAUUCGGCCAUCAAUCCCCUUAUAUACUGUUGGCGCCUCCAGGACCUGAGAACAGCCAUCAAGCAACGUUUUCCUUGCCUUUGGCGGGAAUGAAUAUUUUUCUUAAGUUAGUGGGCGUGAAGGAAGAUUAUGGACCAAUAUUAAAUCUCACACGGCUCUGUAAAAAAAUGCAAACGACCACAAACUGCAUUGUAUUUGGUAUUACCGGAAUACAUUUUUGCCUUAGUCAGUUAACUAUGAGCAAUGUACAGGUUUAGACUUGAUAUAUGAAACAAAGCAAUUUCUGAGUUAACACAUGCCAGUUCAUCAAAAUGCGGCUGCAUCAACAACUGUAUCUUAGCUAAAACGUACAUGUAUGCCGGAGUAGUUCCUUCUAUAAACCUUACUGAGUCCUGAGCGCGCAUGCGUCUGUAUCGAUUGACACGAACCCUCGACAUAAGAGAUCUUUUUCGGUCUCAGAGGCGGUAGAAAUCAUCAGUUUGUUAAGUGCGCAAUGAGCGGUGGUUCUUAGCUGAAAAAAAAAUAGCCAUCUGAAAUUUUCAGGUAAACUUAAAACUCUCUGCAAAAACAUCAUUUCUUUCCAUAAGGUGGCCGUUAUAGACUACAACAUUAAACCUCACUGCGUCGUGUUCGUGAAUCUCUUUUGUUUUCGCGAUAGCGAAGGCAAAAAUUGAAUAAAUAGAUGAAUGAAUAGAUAGAUGAAUGAAUAGAUAAAUGAAUGAAUA